AUGCCGAAAGUGACCAAGAAGCAGCAGAAUGCCUCGCUCGACUUUUCAAAGGCAAAGACGAAGCUCGGGCGCAAGGCGGCGCCCAGCAACGCCACGUCGACGGCCUUCAAGGCACGCAGCGUCGCGCUGCCAAUGCAGGGCGUCAGCCGCGACCGCGAGCACGACGAGGGCAAGUGGAAGGGCAAGAGCAUCGCCGAUCUCGUCGCAGGCACUAGACACUACGCCGCCGGCGUGCGCAAGG